UGCUGGUGUUUAAUAUCAUAGGUCAUGCAGGCGUCGACAACUAUACAGUCAAGGGAACGCUCUGGCCACGGCUUGCCAUUAGAUGCAACAUGAGUGUCAACUGGACACCAGCACUUUUGAAAGAAAUUCUUGAGAAGACCCGAAACGACACGUCGUUGGGCCUUUUAACAAAAAAGUUUGUUGACGUACUUCGUGAAGCUCCGGGAAAGUCGGUGGAUUUAAACGUGGCCGCUGAACAUCUUUCCGUGCAGAAAAGGCGAAUUUACGAUAUCACGAAUAUUUUGGAAGGCAUUGGGUUAGUGGAGAAAAUUGCCAGGAACUUUAUCAGAUGGAGGGACGUUGGCAGACAGGGUUCCAAGUUACAAAACAAUCAUCAAUUUUUAAUGGAGCUUCGAAGAGAAAUUGGAAUACUAAAGGAAAAGGAGAAAAAACUCGAUGUUGAAAUCGAAAGAUGUCGAGAGGAACUUCAAAYGAUAACCAAAGACAACAUAACUGCUAGAGAUGCUUACGUUACUCUAGCCGAUAUUGAGGCCAUUGAGGAAUUUAAUGAUCAUUCAAUCAUUAUCAUCCAAGCAUCACCAGGGACAAUUCUUGAAGUGCCAUAUCCUGAUCAAGAAAUCCAACUUUAUUUGCGUGGAUCAGAAAAACCGCCGCAAGUAAAUUGGAUUUACAGAAACGCUAACCAUGAUUCCUUACCAGUAAAACAACUGACUAGCGGUAGYUUAAGUAGUGUUUAUAGAAGAACUACAAAGAAAGCAUCAGAAAGUGACUUAGUUCAACAAGCAUUAACAAUGGGUAUUUCUUUGGAUGCGGGAUUAUUUGCUGAUGUUCCUAUAGAGCCAAUACCUAUACCAUUGAGCGGACAGACAUCAAGUAACAGUGGCGCUGGCGUAAUUCAUCACUCCCAUUUCCAGGUUGACAUCGGUGAAAAAUACAGUGCUGUUGCUGGUGAAGAUCAUUACAAUAACAUACACCGAUCAAUUCGACGAAAUCCAUUACAUGAUAAGCAGCAAACAAGUAACGUGGAUGUGUGGGCACAACUGGUUAGUGAYCAACAGCAGCCAUUUGAACAAUAUGCUUUAGAUUUGGUAAUGAAUCCACCAAAGACUUCACACAGCCAAAUGCAAUAUGAACCACAGACUCCUGAUGAAAAUUUGCCAUUUCGCUUCUUACGUACUCUAUUCUCGCAGUACCCUCCAACGAACUUUGAACCAACCAGCAAUGGCAUGUACGAAACAAUGAUAACGGACGAGUCAGAGAUGCCACCGACCCCGCCUGACUCAAAUUCRUCACUUAGUUCCCCACUGGAUGAUAUCGACGAUGACACACUAAACCCAUUAUCUCCUUUUAUGAGUGAUGACAUGUAUAAUUAUGCAAUGAUAGAAGGCCAUGAAAUAGAAAACUUUUUUAAAUUAUGAUUUGAAGAAGGAAACACUAUUGAACCACACAUCUGAACGGCAGCACGUAUAGCUUUUCGUUGUGAAGGAGGCAAAUGUUUUCGAUGAGCACUUUUGGACUCUUUCUUGAUAAUGUAGUGUCAAUAAAAUGUGCAUUUGUCAAUUAACUUA